AUGGAUGACUACAAGUAUCAGGACCACUAUGAGGGCUAUGCCCCCGGUGACGGCUACUAUCGUGGCAACGAGUCCAAUGCAGAGGAGGAUGCGCAGAGCGACGUUACGGAAGGCCACGAUGAGGAAGACGAGAUCUAUGAGGGCGAGUACCAGGGCAUCCCUCACCCGGAUGACGCCAAGGCCAAGCAGGCCAAGAUGGCGCCCUCCCGGGCAGAUGGCCUCCGGGGCCAGGCAGACCUGCAGGCCGAGCGGAUGGAAGACGAGGAGCAGCUGGCGCACCAGUACGAGGCCAUCGUUGAGGAGUGUGGCCAUGGGCGCUUCCAGUGGGCCCUCUUUUCCGUUUUGGGUUUGGCCCUGAUGGCUGAUGGGGUGGAAGUGUUCGUGGUGAGUUUUGCCCUGCCCAGUGCCGAGAAGGACAUGUGUCUCUCUAGUUCCAAGAAAGGAAUGCUUGGGCUGAUAGUCUACCUAGGAAUGAUGGGGGGCGCCUUCGUCCUGGGGGGCCUGGCUGAUAAGCUGGGGAGGAAGCGAGUCCUCAGCAUCUCCCUGGCCAUCAACGCUUCCUUUGCCUCCCUCUCCUCCUUCGUACAGGGAUAUGGAGCUUUCCUCUUCUGCAGACUCAUCUCAGGCAUAGGUAUUGGGGGUGCUCUGCCCAUCGUGUUCGCCUAUUUUUCUGAAUUCUUGUCCCGGGAGAAGCGAGGGGAGCAUCUCAGUUGGCUGGGCAUCUUCUGGAUGGCUGGUGGCAUCUAUGCAUCUGCCAUGGCCUGGAGCAUCAUCCCGCACUACGGCUGGGGCUUCAGCAUGGGCAGCAGCUACCACUUCCACAGCUGGAGAGUGUUUGUCAUUGUCUGCGCUCUGCCCUGCACCGUGUCCCUUGUGGCCCUGAAGUUCAUGCCGGAGAGCCCGAGGUUUCUGCUGGAGAUGGGCAAACACGACGAAGCCUGGAUGAUUCUCAAACAUGUGCACGACACCAACAUGAGGGCCAAGGGGGCCCCGGAGAAGGUGUUCACGGUUUCCAACAUUAAAACUCCCAAGCAAAUGGAUGAGUUCAUUGAGAUCCAGAGUUCAACAGGAACUUGGUAUCAACGCUGGUUGGUCAGAUUCAAGACCACUUUCAAGCAGGUCUGGGAAAAUGCUCUGUACUGUGUGAUGGGACCCUACAGGAUGAACACGCUGAUUCUGGCCGUGGUCUGGUUUACCAUGGCUUUAAGUUACUAUGGACUGACAGUUUGGUUCCCUGACAUGAUCCGGUAUUUUCAAGAUGAAGCAUACAAGUCCAAAAUGAAGGUGUUUCACGAUGAGCACGUGUAUGGUGUCACAAUCAACUUCACGAUGGAAAAUCAGAUUCACCAACACGGGAAACUUGUGAAUGACAAGUUCACAAAGAUGUACUUUAAACAUGUACUCUUUGAGGACACGUUAUUUGAUGAGUGCUAUUUUGAGGAUGUGACAUCGACUGAUACCUAUUUCAAAAACUGCACCAUUGAAUCGACCAUCUUUUAUAACACAGACCUCUAUCAACAUAAGUUCAUCAACUGUCAUUUUAUCAACGUCACCUUUCUGGAGCAGAAGGAGGGCUGCCAUAUGGACUUAGAGCAAGACAACGACUUCCUGAUCUACCUUGUCAGCUUCCUUGGCAGUCUGUCUGUCUUGCCUGGGAACAUCAUUUCUGCCCUGCUCAUGGACAGAGUCGGAAGACUCAAGAUGAUCGGUGGCUCCAUGCUCAUCUCGGCCGUCUGCUGCUUCUUCCUGUUUUUCGGCAACAGCGAGUCCGCGAUGAUCGGCUGGCAGUGCCUGUUCUGCGGGACCAGCAUUGCUGCCUGGAACGCACUGGAUGUGAUCACAGUGGAGCUGUAUCCCACCAACCAGAGGGCAACAGCCUUUGGCAUCCUCAACGGAUUGUGCAAAUUUGGCGCCAUCCUGGGAAACACCAUCUUCGCUUCUUUUGUUGGGAUCACCAAAGUGGUCCCCAUCCUUCUGGCGGCCACUUCCCUCGUUGGGGGAGGCCUGAUUGCUCUUCGACUGCCGGAGACUCGAGAACAGGUCCUGAUGUGA